AUGAGCGACUACACCGCGUCUACAGCUCUCCUCGAGGCACUCGAGUCUGCCGGGGUUACGCACCUCUUCGUCAACCUCGGCAGUGACCAUCCAGCUGUGAUGGAGGCCAUUUCGAAGAGAGAGCAAGAUGGGAACAAAGGCCUGCGAUUUAUCACAGCGCCGAACGAAAUGGUUGGAUUGUCCGCAGCGCAGGGCUUUUUCCAGGCCAGCGGCCAGAUGCAAGCCAUCCUGGUUCACGUCGAUGCCGGAACUCUAGCGAUGGGCGGUGCUAUUCAUAAUGUGUCGAGAGCAAGAAUACCUGUCAUCAUGAUCGCGGGUACUUCUCCCAUCACGGAGGAGGGCGAAUUGAUUGGGAGUCGAAAUGAGUUCAUUCACUACAUCCAAGACACAAUCGACCAACGCGGCAUUGUCAGGAACUACACCGUCCUGGAUCACGAGAUUCGCUCGGGAAGGAAUGUAAAGCAGCUAAUACUUCGAGCUUCUCAAUUCUCUCAGAGCGAGCCCCAGGGACCAUCAUAUUUGAUAGCCUCAAGAGAAGUGCUUGAGGAAAGCAUCAAUCCCUACCAGGUCAAUGCCAAGAAGUGGAAGCCACUGGCCCCAAGGGCACUAGAUCCAGAGAUUGUGACGGAAAUUGGCCAAUCACUGCUGAACUCAAAAUCUCCUGUUAUUAUCACGAGUUACCUUGGUAAGGUUUUGGAUGCGGUAUCUGAGCUGGUGAGCUUAGCAGAGGCCACAGGUACUCCCGUCAUUGAGGCGGUACCCAGCGCAAUGAAUUUUCCCCAUGACCACAGCCUCUACCUAGGAAACCAGUGGAGCGAAGGAUUGAAGAAUGGGAUUCUAGAACGGGCUGAUGUCGUCCUCGUCAUCGACUGUGACGUGCCCUGGAUCAAGAGCGUUUUCAAGCCUUCCGCCGAGGCCGCCAUCUAUCACAUCGACUGCGACCCUUUGAAGGUCAACAUGUCCUUGUUUCAUCUGGAUACUGAAGCCAGCUGCCAGGCCAGCUCAAGGACUGCGUUGAGACAGCUCAAUACCUGGAUCUCCGAACAGAGUGUCGCCGUCCAUACGGAGAAGAUCAAACAGCGGGUAGAGACUAUCUCUGCCCUACAUAUUGCUUAUGUCUCGCAUAUCCGCAAGCUUGAGGUUCCCCACGCAGAUGACAAUAUCAUCACCCCCCACUACGCCCUCUCCCGCGUCAGAGAACAUGUCGAACCAGAAACCCUCAUUCUCAGCGAGGGCAUCUCAAACUACCGUCCAAUCUGCGACGUACUUAAGCGAUCGUUGCCUGGCACAUACUUCACCAGUGGCGCCACAUCGCUUGGUUGGUGUGGCGGAGCUGCUGUUGGGGCGAAGCUGGCCAACCCAGAUAAGACCGUCGUCACUAUCUGCGGCGAUGGCAGCUUCCUCUUUUCUAUCCCGUCAACCGUGCACUGGAUGGCGCGGAAGUAUAAGACGCCUUUCCUCACCAUCAUCUUGAACAACAGGGGCUGGAAGAGCCCGAUGCUGAGCGCUCUAGCGGUGCACAAGUCGGGAUAUUCCAGCAAGGCGGCUACUGCAGAUGCUCUACAUGUUACGUUUGAUCCCCCAGUCGAUCAUGCGCAGGUAGCUGUGGCCGCGGGAGCUGGAUACGGUACCACUGUGAAGAAAUCCUCGGAGCUCGACGAGGCUUUGAAGAGGGGAUUAGAGACAGUCAAGGCAGGGAGGGCAGCGGUCAUUGACAUCUGGCUUCCAAAGUUCCAGGUUGGUGAUUUGGUUGGUUAA